AACAGUUGCUAAUUUAGGUCAGUUAUUCUAUUUUUCUGUUAAAAUGGCUAAGUUCAUAUUAACAUCAGAUAGUGAUAUAGGUAAGAACAAAUGGUAAACCGCUAUUAUCUUAUAACAAUUGAAAAUAUUUAUUUUAUUUCAUUAUAAAUAAAUUUACACAGACAUAAAGCCCAUGAAUAUAAACAGAAGAAUAAUGUUAGAUUCAGAGGAUGAAAAUAAUUCCGCUAAGAAGAAUAAAUUAACGAAUCGAAAAAAGAGAAGAAGAAUUAUAGAGGUAGAAUCUUCAUCAGAUGAAGAUAUUGUUAUUGAGAACUUGGAUUAUGCGAAACAAAACAAAGAAAAAUAUUUGCAACAAAUAAACAAAAUUAAGCGAAAUAAUGGACAAAAAUACUAUACAAAAAGAGGAAAAUUCAUUCCUGCAAAACAAUUUGAAUCCAAAAAUUGUAAUUGCUCGCAGAAAUGUAUAGAACGUAUUAAUGAAGCACAACGUAUGGAAAUUUUUGAUAAGUUCUGGAAUAUAGGUGAUUUUAAUAAACAAAAUGUAUUUUUAUAUGGUAGUGUUCAACGAAAAUCUGUAAAUAGAAGACGGCCUAGAAAUAAUUCGGGCACUAAAAGAGCAUAUGCUUAUAAAUUUUACCUAGUCACUUCUGGUGGAAACAUUUUAGUAUGUAAGAAGUGUUUCAUUAAUACUUUCCAAAUAUCUACUGGACGAAUUGAUCGUAUCCUAAAAUCGCAUGAGAACAUUCCGAAUGACAUGCGUGGAAAAAUGGAUGGCUCUUGCAGAAGAACUAGUGAGCUACUGACGAAUACAGUGAUAGACCACAUAAAAAGCUUUCCGGCAUUUGAAAGUCAUUACACAUGAUCGCAAAAUCCAGAACUAAUGUUUUUAAAUCCGGAAUUAAAUAUAAGAAAAAUGUAUAGUUUAUAUUUGGAAAAAUGCAAGGAAAACAACUUGAGCUCAGUU